AUGACCAAUCAAGUUGGUAAGAAGUUUGCUUGGGUGAUAAAGAACUUCUCCUCUUUGCAAUCUGAGAGAUGUUAUUCUGAUCCAAUCUUAAUCGGUGACUGCAAAUGGCAUCUUUACAUCCAUCCCAAAGGAGAAAAUAAAGGUGAUCAUUUGGCUUUGUAUUUAGAAGUUGAUGAUCAUCAAUCGUUGCCUUCUGGAUGGAGGAGAUACGCCAAAUUUCGGUUUAGUAUUGUAAAUCAACUUUCGCAAGAUCUCUCUGUACAACGAGAUUCGAAAACACAGCUCUGGUUUGAUCAGAAAGUUCCCGGAUGGGGUUUUCGAGAAAUGAUUCCCCUUACCAAACUUCAUGCAAAAGAUGGUGGAUUCCUGGUGAAUGAUGAACUACUGAUUGUUGCUGAAGUAGAUGUUCUUGAAGUUAUUGGCCCAUUAGAUGAGUCUAAAGAGGCAUCCGAACAUUUGAAAAAAGAAAAGCAAGGCGAUGAUGGUGCGGAAUCUAAAGAUUUUCUUAAGAAAACCCCAUCGGUAAAGGAAAGCGUGGAUGUCAAUGGGUUUCAAGUUCAUCCUUCACAGGUAGAAUCUGUGAGACGUAUAUUUAAAGAACACCCAGACAUUGCAGUAGAAUUCCGUGGAAAGAACCAACGUCUGAGGACAACAUGCAUGAACUUCUUGCUCAGUUUUAUGGAGACGCUGCGCCAACCAAUUCAGGAGCUCUCCUAUGAAGAUCUGGAGGAAGCUGACAUUGCGCUGGCAUACUUGAAAAAUGCGAGCUUUAAGGUGGAUUGGUUGGAGACAGAGCUGGACCAAGUCAAAGAAAAGAAGGAGACAGAACGAGCUCAGGCUCUUGUAAAGACUUGA